CCUGCCUUUAUAUAAGCGCCAGCUGCCACGGUUGAGUUGAGAGCAAGGUACCUCGAGAAAGUUGCAUUGCAUUUACCCACAAACAAAAAACACAAUUUAUUUUUAUUUUCCGUGAAGAGAAAUGGAGAAGGCGGCGACGAGCUUGUCGGGACUGGUCCGGACGAAGUCGGACCAGCUGGUGGAGGCGUUAUCGGCGGCGUUCAAGUCCCCGUCGCCGUCCUCGUCAGGCGAGGCCGUGGCGGCGACUGCCGCUGCCACAUCGGAGACCGUCGGCGUCGGCGGGGGGCCGUCGAGGAAGUCGAGCAGGAGGGCGUCGCCGGGAAACAGCGGGGAACAAGAACGCCCACAUCCGGAAGUCCCGGAGCGCGCAGAUGAAGUUCGAGGUGGAGGAGAUGAUCAGCAGCGGGGCGGCGCUCAGCCGAGCUUCCAGCGCCAGCUUGGGGCUUUCCUUCUCCUUCACGGGUUUCAACAUGCCGCCCGACGACGUCAUCGCCGAUUCCAAGCCCUUUAGCGACGACGAUAUCCCUGAAGAUAUCGAGGCUGGAAUCGGAAAGCCCAAAUUCCAGACAGAACCCACCUUGCCAAUCUAUCUCAAGGCAAAAGUGGGGGAGUUUUAUGUAUUGGCAGAAACUGGGAAUUUACUUCCUUUCCUACCCAAUGCCAACUAAGAUACCAUUUCAUCAUGCCCACUUGAAUUUCCUUCAGGUUCAUGUCUCAUUGUCUUGCCAUGUACUACAAACCCGCGUUUUCUCGCACUCUCUCUCUGAUCAUUCAUCGUUCUAAUGUUCGAGACGGCCCCUUCUUUCCAUUGAACUUGUUCUGCAGCUUGAUUUUUGGUGGGUGUGGUUUAUAGAAAGAGAUAGAGGGAGAGUUUCCCAAGUGUUUCUACUCUAGACCAAAUUUUUUAGUCCUUUUGAGUUCAGCUGCAGUCAAGGAAAGAAGGUUCACUGAUGUGACAUACAAAGUGGUGAUCAAAGGAAUGACUUCAACACGGGAGAAAGACAUCUUAAAUGGGAUCACAGGCUGUGUCAACCCUGGUGAAGUUCUUGCUCUCAUGGGACCUUCAGGAAGUGGGAAAACCACACUUCUCAACCUGCUGGGCGGCCGGUUGAACCAAUCCAGUAACCUGGGUGGCUCAGUCACUUACAAUGACCAGCCUUACUCCAAGUCCCUCAAAAGCAGGAUAGGAUUUGUGACUCAGGAUGAUGUCUUGUUCCCUCAUUUAACCGUCAGAGAAACACUGACAUAUGCUGCCCUUCUGCGACUACCGAGUUCGCUAACUCGAGAAGAGAAGACGAAACGAGCAAUCGACGUUAUCCAAGAACUCGGCCUGGAGAGAUGUCAGGACACGAUCAUCGGCGGCUCAUUUGUCAGGGGAGUCUCCGGCGGGGAGAGGAAACGAGUCUCCAUCGGAAACGAGAUCAUCAUCAACCCUUCCUUGCUCUUCCUCGACGAACCAACCUCCGGAUUGGACUCCACCACCGCGCUGAGGAUCGUCCAGAUGCUGCAGGAGAUUGCAGAGGCAGGGAAAACGGUGAUCACCACAAUUCACCAGCCGUCCAGCAGGCUGUUCCACAAGUUCGACAAGCUGGUGCUUUUGGGGAAAGGAAGCUUGCUCUACUUCGGGAAAGCGUCGGAAGUGAUGGCAUACUUCUCGUCGAUCGGAUGUAACCCUCUCCUGGCAAUGAACCCUGCCGAGUUUCUUCUUGAUCUAGCUAAUGGCAACAUAAACGAUGUCUCAGUGCCUUCGGAAUUGGAGGACAAAGUUCAUGUGGGGAAUGGUGAAGCUGAGACCAGAAAUGGGAAGCCUGCUCCUGCAAUUGUUCACGAGUAUCUAGUGGAGGCCUACGAGACACGAGUUGCGAAGAGGGAGAAGAAGAAGCUCUUAGCUCCCAUACCGCUAGAUGAAGAAGUGAAGCUGAAAGUCUCAUCUCCCAAACGGCUGUGGGGAGCAACCUGGUGGGAGCAGUACACUAUACUGUACUGCAGAGGGAUCAAGGAGCGCCGCCAUGACUACUUCAGCUGGCUGAGAAUCACACAGGUGGUCUCGACUGCAACCAUUUUGGGCUUACUGUGGUGGCAGUCUGAUACCAGCUCUCCCAAAGGACUCCAGGAUCAGGCGGGGUUGCUGUUCUUCAUUGCUGUGUUCUGGGGGUUCUUUCCAGUUUUCACGGCGAUCUUCACGUUCCCUCAAGAACGUGCGGUGUUGAGCAAGGAGAGAUCGGCUGAUAUGUACAGGCUGAGUGCAUAUUUCAUGGCCAGAACUACAAGUGAUCUUCCACUUGACCUGGUUUUGCCAGUUCUGUUCCUUCUGGUGGUGUAUUUCAUGGCGGGGUUGAAAAUGGGUGCUGGUCCCUUUUUCUUGACCAUGAUCACUGUUUUUCUCUGCAUUGUUGCUGCACAGGCUGAAGUUGAUUCUCUACUUGGGAUGGAACGCCUCAAGGAAUCUGCCCGUCUUAUGAUAGUCUCGGAUCUUGAUCAUACCAUGGUUGAUCACCAUGAUAAGGAGAACUUGUCUCUCCUUAGGUUUAAUGCGUUGUGGGAAGCCCACUACCGAUUUGAUUCUCUCCUGGUUUUCUCCACUGGGAGGUCGCCCACGCUCUAUAAGGAAUUGAGGAAGGAGAAACCCAUGUUGACACCUGACAUAACGAUAAUGUCUGUGGGAACUGAGAUCACUUAUGGUAACUCGAUGAUACCCGAUGAUGGUUGGGUUGAAGUUCUGAAUCACAAAUGGGAUAGGAAGGUUGUCACUGAGGAGACUAGCAAGUUUCCUGAACUUACUCUCCAGUCGGAGACAGAGCAACGGCCUCACAAGAUUAGUUUCUAUGUGGAUAAAGCUAAGGCUCAGGAUGUGAUAAAGGCUCUCUCCGGGAUAUUCCAGAAGCUUGGGUUGGAUGUGAAGAUAAUUUACAGUGGAGGAAUGGAUCUUGAUAUUCUUCCACAAGGAGCUGGAAAAGGCCAGGCCCUGGCGUACUUGCAUAAGAAGUUCAAGAAUGAGGGGAAGCUACCCAAGAACACUCUUGUCUGUGGUGACUCUGGAAAUGAUGCAGAGCUAUUCACCAUUCCUGAUGUACAUGGGGUUAUGGUUAGCAAUGCUCAAGAAGAACUUCUGCAGUGGUAUAAUGAAAAUGCUAAGAGUAAUCCUAAAGUAAUGCAUGCGACUGAGAGGUGUGCAGCUGGCAUUAUUCAAGCCAUUGGUCAUUUUGGCCUUGGUCCAAAUACUUCUCCAAGAGAUGUAACUAAGCCAAAAGAAGGUGAUUCAGAAAGCAUCCAUCCCAAUCAUGAAUUGGUCAAAUUCUUCUUGUUCAUGGAGAAAUGGAGGCGUGCAGAAAUUGAGAAUUCAGAGGAAUAUCUGUCAAGUUUCAAAUCUGAUUCGGAUCCAUCUGGGAUUCUUGUCCAUCCAUCUGGUGCAGAGCUUUGUCUCUCUGAUGCCAUGAAUAAAAUUAGGAGUUGGUACGGUGACAAGCAGGGGAAACAGUUCCGGAUCUGGGUGGACCAAGUUUCAUCCGUCCCAAUUGGCUCAAGUACAUGGCUGACAAAGUUCUACAAGUGGGAACAAUCAGAGGAGGAAAGGCAAGGCUGCGUGACCACAUGUAUAGUUACUUUGAAGGCUGGGAACCCGACUCCAACGUUUCUGCAUGUGCACCAGACAUGGUUGGAUGGAUCAGCAGCUUCUAAAGAUCAGUCCACCUGGCUCUUGUAGAUCUCUCUCCUUCCCUCUCGAACAUCGCCGGAGAAAAGAAAGGAAAAGGUUGGGUAUACCCGAAAUAAGAUAGCUCAACCUAGUCUUUUGAAGUUUUUUUUUUAUGUAAUUGAGUCAUUUUACAUCCAUCACAAAGGAUGAUGAUUGAUGUGCAGUAUGGCUUCCAGUUUCCUUGCUGUUGCUUUGACGUUAGUAGAAGCUAUGUAACAAAAACAAAUAACAAGUGAGAAACGAUGAUGAUAUAUCAUUAGGAUGAGAAGUGUUCAUUUGAAUGAUGCGUGGAACGAUGUCGUUUUAGACUUCUGUAAUGCGUAUAGUUAAAAAAUUUAAAUAAUAAAGGGCCCAACCGGGUUCGAACCGGUGACCUCUUGAUCUGCAGUCAAAUGCUCUACCACUGAGCUAUGGACCCUUUAAUGCCUUAUAAUUUUGUAGUACAGUAAAACUUUUAU